UUUUCAGUUGAUUCGUUGCCGGAAAUCGGCUGUUGGCGGCAGAAUGGAGGGGGUAUUGGGGCUCCCGACAACGGGACAAAUUCUUGGCGUCAUUUUCCUACCUUACUGAUUCCUAGCUGACUUCAGAGCAGCUGUAGCAACGGAUCAAAGAACACGACGGACGCGAGGUCGCGAGCAAGUGUGAGCGUCGUCAGCAGUCAGUUUUCAUCAUUGUGGCUCGUAGUAUCGCGGUUCAUCAUCUCGUCGUACGCAAAAUGACCGUUCGAUGUGGUGCGAUGCGUUUUGCAAGCGUAGAUUGAGUCACAUCCAACUGGACAGCGUCGCGAUAUAAUGGAUAACGUAACAGGGAUAAUAUAUGCAAUAUGUCGGGGGUUUAUAGACAGCUUGAAAGGUGGUGUUCUUCUCUUUUAUAUAGACAAACAAAUUAAAGAGAAAUUAAUCAGGAAGUCUACUACUAAGGCAGAUCUCAGGAAAAGAGAUCCGUCCGCACAGAGUUCUUCCAAGCACAAUAACCAACCAUGUGAAUCAAUGGUGUUGAUGAGAACCAUGCAGUGUUGUAUGUUGAAUGGUGGAGUUUUCCUGGUUAGUAUAAUAAUAUUCGAUUAUGGACUCCUUCCACUCGUUAAGUACUUAUUGACCAUCAUAUUUGGCCACUCUCCUGGCAUGGAUCUCGCUGUGUGGUCAUGGAUCCAACCAUUUUUAUCCCUCACAUUUAGCACAAUAUGGGUGCUACCAUUGUUCUUGCUCAGCAGGAUAGUUAACAGUUUAUGGUUUCAGGAUAUAGCGGAUAGCGCUUACAGAUACAGGCAAGGAAGGCCGUUGCUUCUGUCGAGCGUGAGCAAGCUAAUAGCCGACACGCUCUUCAGCAUAUUAGUUCAAGCGUUGUUCUUAGGGCAGGGAAUGUUGGUGUCUAAUGUUCCACUACCGCCAUUAGGAGAUAUUCUUGCCCUCGUCCAUAUGUGCCUUCUAUAUGCUCUCUAUGCCUUUGAAUACAAAUGGUACAAUAUGGGCUGGGAGUUGCAUAAACGACUGACAUUUAUUGAGGGCAAUUGGCCAUACUUUUUAGGCUUUGGUAUGCCAUUAGCGGUACUUACUCAACUGCCCGAUUCGUACUUUAUAAGUGGCUGUGUUUUUUCCAUUUUGUUUCCAUUAUUCAUUGUAAGUGGAAACGAAGCAGAACCCGUGACUGGAGUAUGUGAUUACCAAUUGAGGUUAUUUUCGCCAGUAAUUGCGAUCGCAAACACAUUAUUUAAUAAAACUAUUGGACGAGCCGGUAGGCGGUGACAGUGAGGCGCAAAAAACACGAGCUAUGUCAUGCCUAAUUCAUGCCAUUUACUUGAGUAUAUACAAUUUAUCACUGCAAAAGCUCAUAUGUGCAAAAAGAUUAUUAUAUAAAAAUAAUAUCUAAAAUGUUGGAAUGUUUGGAUGUAGCAUAUGUUUAGACCGUAUAAUUCAUUGCGGGAUAUUAUAAUUUUUAUUAUUUAAGAGAACUACAAAUUGCGUGAAAGUGACACAAGAUUUAUAUUUAAUUAUAUUUUCUUCUUUUUUUAAAAUUAUAUUAAUCUUCUUGAUUUUUAUGAUCGAAAUAAUGUAGUAAAUUUUAUAUUUUUCUUUGUUUCUUUCUUUUGACCAUUGAAGUACAAAAAGAUAUUUAAUUAUACUUUAAUUGGUAUAUAUAUAUAUGAUCAAUCAGUACAAAUAUUUAUUUACAUAUAUAAAAUAAUGCAUGUACAGCUAUUCGUACGUGUGAUUUUUUUCAAUAAUUUUGCUGAUAUAUAUAUAUAAAAAUAAUAUACAAAUCCGAAAUUAACAUUUAACAAUUUUUAUGAGAAUUCAUGUUUUGAGCUUUUUACACCAUCGCUAGUCAUUUUUCCAAUAUCAAUUUGUGAUCUCUACAAAUCGGCACUGUGCUAUAAACGUAUAUCAUAAACAGUAUAAAAAAUAGUAUAUGGGAUAGCUGGAAUAUCUAAUCUAGUUAGGAUAUAAUCUUAAUAGAUUAGCUGAAAAAUACUACUUUUUUUAAAUAUUAAGAUUCAUAAAUAUCAUAUAUCUUUAUAUAGUACAGUGUUCGAUGUUCGAUGUACCAUGUACAUAUUAUGAUUUCAUUCCUCAGGAAUGUAAUAUUUAUAGUAAUUCCUCAGGAGUGUUAUAUUCAAAAGAGUUGUUUUUAAUUUCAGAAAAUUUUAAGUUAAUAUAUAAGCGCCAACAGGAAUAUUUUAAUUAAUUACACAUUUGUUGAUACUAAUUAAAUAUACAUUAUACAUAUCAUUUAUAUGUAUACAAGUUACGAUAAAUCCGAUAAACGAUUUAUAUGAACGAAUUAAAAACAUCGUGAUAUGAUAAACAAUGCUAUAUGUAAUAAGAAUGUUCCAAUUUGUAUACUGUGGUUAGAGAAGCGCUCAUGGUUAUUACAUUUGUCGUAACCAUUCGCGACCAUUUUAUAUACUAUGACUUAAAUAAAUAUCAUAUGAAAUUUA